CAGUGUGCACUCAAGGACUUUCUGUUGCAGUUUGAGUAAGCUGGGCUGACCUCUGCUGUCGCCACUGAGAGGACUCCGGUCGGAGGGUGAGCCGGGAGCUUCUUCAUCUGACUGCUGCCAGCUCUGCAGGUGUCAUGUGAUUCUCCUGGGGAGCGGCUGCAUGAGUGGAAAUGCUCUCAGUGGUGGAGAAUGGACUGGACCCCCGGGCUGCCAUCCCGGUCAUCAAGAAGAAGCUGGUGGCAUCUGUAAAGGCACUACAGAAGCAGUAUGUGUCCCUGGACACAGUAGUCACUAGCAAAGACGGAGAUGCCAACACCAUGUGCAGUGCCCUGGAGGCCAUGUUCAUCCACGGCCUGCAUGCGAAGCACAUCCGAGCCGAGGCUGGAGGGAAGAGGAAGAAAAGUGCUCACCAGAAGCCUCUGCCUCAGCCUGUCUUCUGGCCCCUCCUGAAGUCUGUCACCCACAAACACGUCAUCUCGGAAUUGGAACACCUGACCUUUGUCAACACGGAUGUGGGCCGCUGCCGGGCAUGGCUUCGACUGGCCCUCAAUGAUGGCCUGAUGGAGUGCUACCUGAAGCUGCUCCUGCAGGAGCAGGCCCGACUGUGCGAGUACUAUCAGCCCACAGCCCUGCUCCGAGAUGCCGAGGAGGGCGAGUUCCUCCUUAGCUUCCUGCAAGGGCUGACGUCUUUGUCCUUUGAACUCUCCUACAAGUCUGCCAUCUUAAAUGAAUGGACGCUCACCCCUCUGGCCCUCUCUGGACUUUGCCCGCUCUCAGAACUCGACCCCCUUGCUACGCUUGGUGCAGAGCUACAGCGGAAGGAGUCUCUGGAUUCAAUAUCCCACUCCUCAGGUUCAGAGGACAUCGAAGUCCAACACUCAGGCCACAAGAUCCGGCGGAACAGGAAGCUCACUGCUUCCACCCUCAGCCUGGACACAGCCAGUUCAUCUCAGCUGUCCUGCAGCCUGAACUCUGACAGCUGCCUGCUCCAAGAGAAUGGCUCCAAGAGUCCAGACCACCCUGAGGAGCCCAUGUCCUACGACUCAGAUCUGGGCAUCGCCAAUGCUGAUGAAUCAGACCGAUCUCUGCAAGAGGUGUUGUCAGAAUUCAGCAAAGCCCAAGUAAACUCUGUGCCAACCAACGGACUAAGCCGAAAGACAGAGAUUUCCACACUCCAGGCCUCGCCGUUUCUCCAAGGUCCCGACACCAGCACAUGCCUGCACUUCGAAGCGCCUACAGAGCCCCUUCCUGCCCAGGCAUCCCCUGUGGCUACAGAUGGUGGCCACAAGCAGGUGCCACUUUCCCAGGCACCUGGCACUGUGGACUUGCAGCAUCUGGGCACUAUCCAAGCUGUCCCUGCAGGGAGUGCUUCAGGCCAGCAACCUACCACUGUGAAAGAGAUGCCCAGAGCAGACGGCCAAGGGAGAGACCAGCAGAAUGCCCCAGAGGAUGCCAGAGGUGGGCUGAAGCUUGCGAUUUCCUCACCCACCAGCCCGAAAAGCAAGAGCUGGAUCUCAGAGGACGAUUUCUACCGGCCUCCCCAGGGUCAGCCACCAGAGAGUGCUUCAGAUCAUUCGACGGCUUCUUCCAGAGAGACUCCAGAGUCAAGGCCUGGCCUCCACAGGCAUUUUUCUCAAGGACCAAGAAAGAGCUGCUCCUUGGGGUCAUUAGACAAGGAGUGUAUGCCUUCCCCAGCAAGCAGGAAGAGCACAGCAGCCCCAGCGCAGGAGCACAAGACCUUCUGCGUGGUGCACCGAAGGCAGAUGGGGUUGUCCAACCCAUUCCGUGGUCUCAUGAAGCUGGGCAUGGUGGAGCGGCGGGGGGCGAUGGGCAUCUGGAAGGAGCUCUUCUGCGAGCUGUCCCCACUGGAGUUCCGCCUCUACCUGAGUGACGAGGAGCGCACCUGUGUGGAGAGCUGCUCCCUGCUGCGCUGCGAGUCUGUGGGGCCAGCCCACAGUGACGGGCGCUUCGAGCUGGUCUUCUCUGGCAAGAAACUGGCCUUACGUGCCUCCUCCCAGGACGAAGCCGAGGACUGGCUGGACCGGGUGCGGGAGGCCCUGCAGAAGGUCCGGCCUCAGCAGGAGGACGAGUGGGUGAAUGUCCAGUACCCAGACGAGCCUGCAGAUCCCCCCGAGGACCCUCAGAGUGGCCUGCCUUCUCACUCAGACCUGUCCUCCGAGCCUGCAACCCUCCAGGGCUCGCAGUUUGACUGGUCGUCUGCCCAUGUCCCAGAGCCAGAUGCUAUUAAAGAGUCCCUUCUGUACCUGUACACUGACAGGACCUGGGUGCCCUAUAUUUUUUCCCUGUCACUGGAGUCUCUGAAAUGCUUCCGCGUGAGAAACAACGAGAAGAUGCUAAGUGACAGCCAUGGAGUCGAGACCAUCCGAGACAUCCUGCCAGACACAAGCCUCGGGGGCCCUUCCUUCUUCAAAAUCAUCACAGCCAAGGCUGUCCUGAAGCUGCAGGCGAGGAAUGCUGAAGAGGCCGCCCUGUGGAGGGACCUGGUCCGCAAGGUCCUAGCAUCCUACUUGGAGACUGUGGAGGAGGCGGUGACACUCAGCGGGAGUCUGGACGAAAACUGCCAGGAGGUGCUCAAGUUUGCCACCCGGGAGAACGGCUUCCUGCUGCAGUACCUGGUGGCCAUCCCCACCGAGAAGGGCCUCGACUCCCAGGGCUGCUUCUGCGCAGGCUGCUCCCGGCAGAUCGGCUUCUCCUUCGUACGACCCAAGCUCUGUGCCUUCUCUGGCCUCUAUUACUGUGACAUCUGCCACCAAGACGAUGCCUCAGUGAUUCCUGCCAGGAUCAUCCACAACUGGGACCUCACUAAGCGCCCGAUCUGCCGGCAGGCCCUGAAGUUCCUGACACAGAUCCGGGCCCAGCCCCUCAUCAACCUUCAGCUGGUGAACGCGUCUCUGUAUGAGCAUGUGGAACGGAUGCACCUUAUUGGGAGAAGCCGGGAGCAGCUGAAGCUUCUGGGGGACUACCUGGGCCUGUGCCGAAGCGGCGCCCUGAAGGAGCUAAGCAAAAGGCUCAACCACAGGAAUUAUCUCUUGGAGGCUCCCCACAAGUUCAGUGUUGCAGAUCUCCAGCAGAUUGCAGAGGGGGUAUACGAAGGGUUCCUCAAGGCCCUCAUCGAGUUCGCAUCCCAGCACGUCUACCACUGCGACCUGUGCACCCAGCGCGGCUUCAUCUGCCAGAUCUGCCAGCACCGCGACAUCAUCUUCCCCUUCGAGUUUGACACCACCGUCAGGUGUGCCGAGUGCAAGACCGUCCUCCACCGGAGCUGCCAGGCUGUGGCGAAGAAGGGCUGCCCCCGCUGUGCCCGCCGGCGCAAGUACCAGGAACAGAACGUUCUCACCUAAGCCCCAUCACCCGACUGCUUCCUGAGGCUGUGCAGCUGGCCAGCUGGGUUCGCCAUCAGCCGGGCUACUCUCUCUCCGGGUCUCGCCUUGUCAGGAAGACCCUCAGAUGUGACCCGCACUGCCUCCAAGAAAACCUAGCAAGCCCAGAUGACGACUGUGAGCUCCCGCCUCCCUCUGCUCCAGGAGGUGGGGCCCACCAUGCCCCUAGUCGGGGCAGGAGGGGCCUUUCAGAAACCGAGCCCAGGCUACUUCACCGUCGAGGCUGUCCACUAGGGCUGUUUGAACACUGUGGAAAUAAGAUUUGGCACCUUUCCACAUUCCUGAUUUAAAGGUCUAGUUUUUUAAGGUGGGUUUCCCCCUUCAUAUUUCAACAGAAAAUAUUUUUUUAUUCUGGAUUCUACACAAGUCACCUAAGAAAUCCAGGCCUUCCCACCCUGAACAGGUAUACAAGAGCCACCCAGGCCCAGCCUGAGAGCAGGCCGGUGGUUGAGCAGGCGGGCCACCGUGGGGUUGGGCUGGUGGGGUGGCCUCGGUGCCUUUCCUUCACCCUUACCAGCGCCCACCGCUGACAGCUCGAGCACCAUGUGCCAAACCGCCGGCUGGCAGGGCAGCUCAGUCCUGAUGGCCACUCUCUUCCUCUCCUGUCUCUUCAUUCCCUGGCCCGUGCCCAUCGGCUGAAGCCUGUCCCCUUUCUUGGUGUCACAGCCCCUCCUGACCCCAGCUCUUCUCCGGCCUGGAGUCCUGGACUCAGCCCGAGAAGGGAAGUGACUCAGAACCAGCACUGUCAGCACUUUGAGCCUCCCUUGUUCAGGGAAGGGUCGUUGUCUUUGUCCCCCCCACCCCACCGUCCCCAUGCCCUCCUCACUCCUACACACACAGGCAGGGGUCUGUUGCAGAUGCUCCAGGCCCACCUCAGGGGGGCUCUUGGGGUCACCCCAUUGCCUGACCCCUGCCUGGGCAGAGAUAGGCUGGACCCCAGAAAGGGCAGGUGUGUGGAAUGGUUGCCAUGGCUGCCGGGCCCUGCACCGUGGAGAAGUGACCCACCCUUCCACUGCUAAGGGGUGCAGGGACGUGCACCUGUGGAAGCAGCCUCAGCCUCCCUCUCUCAAAGCCAUCCAUCCCCAAAGCUCCACUGGGCCUGCCUAGCCAGGGCACUGCCCGAGGCCAGAAGACUUCCUUGGAGCAAUCUGUCUUCAGAAGGGGGCCUUGGGGUUGGGGGGGAGGCCUACAACUGUCUUCUAAGUGAUGUUCACACCUCAGGUUUGGGGAAAAUGUGGGUGUAGUUUCUCAGCUGCCUUCCCCACAGACCCAAGAGGCCCCUCAGGCCAGGGAUCCUCCAUCCAUCCUCCCUGCACUUGGCUUGGAGUCAAGACCCCUAGGGGCCCCACUGUCAAGGGAGGAAUCGGCUACUCCUGUCCCGCGCGGUGACUCAGCCACCGAGUUACCCACCCGGCCCUGCAGAGCUGGGAGGGUUGUGCAAUAGAGUGGAGGGGCUGUAGCUUCUCUGUCUCCUUCAUGGAAGGUAGUGUGCACCUAUGCCCAGAUGCCGGGGCCUCCUCAGCUGGGAAGUGGGCCCCUACCCCACCUUACCCACAGCCAGCAUUAACAUUCCACACACCAGUCAGAGCCAGCAUUGCCCAGAUACUCGAGUGGGCAGGAGCCUGGCCUGGGGUGGGCCUGGGCCGGCGAUUGCUUGCCAGGAGGUGCCCAAAGAGGUGGCAGGAGGGAGGCCUUGGUUAGCAGGCCACCCCUGCCCCCGGGUUAUUACCAUUAGAGCUGGCCCUCUCCUCAUUACCAAAAAGCUGCUAAUGCUUUCAGAUACUGACCCCCUCCCCUCACCCCCAGUGGAACCUCAGUAGUGCCCACACUAUUUUUUAAAUGUUAUUUUAUGCAAUAAAUGGUUUCUAGCAGGCCAAGUCCUGGCCCUGAGAAGUGCUUUGCUAUAUAUUGAAGGAACUGCUGCUGUGUGAUUUUUGAAUGGUUUUGCAGUAAAGACCUGGUCU